UUCCAAUCCACUCAGACCCUCUCCCAUCUGUCUUGUCCUUCAUCCUUCCCCAUUUCCGCAUCCCCCAUACUCGGCAUGGUUGCAUAAUAAUAUAUGGUUUAGAAAAGCCUCCGACUUAUACCUCCCUCUUCUCGUCUAAGCGAUGGUCAUAGCCCACCUCCGCCAGUCGAGUAUUGACCUCGACUCGGCUGAUCGACCAUUUGACAAUAUCAUCAACUUUCGGGAUGUUGGCCGGACCGUCAACCAGUUGCUUGGCCGACGGGUAAUUAAAGAAGGUGUUCUCUUCCGAAGUGCCAGGCUAGACGAAGCCUCCGAGCGUGACAAGCGUCGUCUGACUGAAGAGUACCACAUCUCCACCAUCAUUGACCUUCGAUCCAGCACCGAACACCACAUGGCCGCCACGAAACGCCUGUCUGACUUGGAGACCGCCCGUGCUUCCUGCAAUAAAAGUCAGUCUCGCGACGAUGCCAACAGCCCCACCACUGCAACUGCCUCAUCUACCCCGUCCCCCCCUCCCACGGCCUCCUCCUCCAGCCCAGAUGGCAUCCACCUCGUUGACCUCCCACGUGUCCAACGUAAGAUGGUCAGUCUCACCGGCAGAGCGUUUGAACGAACUCUACUUUGGCGCCUUGAUUGGUGGAACUUCCUAAAAGUCAUCGCGCUUGCAGCAUCCGGCUACCGGACCGACGCGGUCAUUAUUGUGGGUCAGCAGGUCAUGUCUCCGCGCGGCCUCAUCGGGCUCGGCAUCGAUACUCUCGAUAGUAGCUUCAGCGAGAUGAGGGAGAUUUUCGAGUUGCUUGCCGGUAGUGAGACGCAGGCUAGCUCGGAACCUAGCACGACAGACAGUAGCACGGAUUCUUCGUCGGCCACCUCCCCCUACCCUGUUAUCGUCCACUGUACGCAGGGUAAGGAUCGCACGGGGUUGAUCAUCCUUCUGCUCCUGCUCCUGACGGGCGCUGUAACCCAAGAGGCCAUCCGGGCCGACUAUAUUCUCUCCGAGGGAGAGUUAGUCGUCGAGGUGGAGGAGCGGUUGAAAGAGGUCCGGAUGCUAGGGCUGUCAGAGGAUUAUACCAAAUGUCCCGAUGGGUUUACUGCACAGAUCUGUGCGCAUCUCGAUACGAAGUAUGGGGGCGUGGAAGGAUAUCUGAAGCGGUCGGGGGUGGACCAACUAGCCCUGGAACGAGUCAGGAAAAAUCUACUCGCGUGAUACAUCCUAGGUUAGAGAGAAUACCCCAUAGGUUGGAAUAUAGACGACUCUCUACAAAACCGCAAUUGUGAAGCACCUCAAUGCAACAAUC